AUGGAUCGCCUUCUUCAACCAGUAGUGGGAGACAAUGGGCAAGAAAAAUUUUGUGUGGAGAUGAUGAAACGGCUCAAUAUUCAGCGAAGGAAUGAACAUCUUUGCGAUGUGAUUCUAGAAGUUGGUUCCGGCACAGGUAGCCCAAGCUCGAAAUAUGAGCAUCGGCGAGCAUCGGCAUUGUUGCAUAACAUUCAAAAUAUAAGGAUUUGUAUGGGAAAAAAACCUAUCGCCUCUGUAACCUACGAAAAUUAAAGAAUUUCAAUAAAAAACAGCUUACCUUACUUAAAAUGUGUGUUACAUCUCUCCUGUGUGGUCCACGGGCCGAUUUAUGGCCGUUUUAUGGGUUUUUAUGUAAACGGUUUUCUCUCUAUAUAAAGGUUUACCAAGGUUGGGCACUCCAGCGAAGCGGCUCGACUGAUCCACCGAAGGAAAACGGCCGUAAAUUCGCUCCAGCUGCUCCAAUCGCCUCCAAAUUCCGCCUAGGUAACACACGAUAGUUCUCCUUUCCAUUCGUUACCUUGCUUCAAGACGCCUUUGCACCGAGAGCGAAUCAAAGGUCGCCAAUCUCUGCAAACCUUCCCGAUUGAAGCCAUCGACAGAGGCUCGGGAUGAGCUCCGCGUUACCCAAACCGUUGAAAGAUAGCUUAGCGACCCGGCCUGAGAUUCAAAUUACUCACACUCGGGGUGGGAGACAGUCUCUUGCUCCCGUUGACAUCAAUACCCUUGGGCCCGANGAACAAACGAGCAAGGCUGUAAUGGGAGAAGUGUUGGAAUAUCUCUACACGGGACAUGUUGACAUCAAUGAACAUAAUGUCUUUGAUUUGUUGCAAUUAGCAGAUUUUCUUAUUGUCCCAAGUUUGAAGGUGGCAUCAGUAGGGUUCAUCUCUGAAACGCUGUCUUCCUCGAACUGUUUACUGGCUUAUUAUUCCGCCAGCAGGUACCAGUGUCCGGACUUGCAAAGACAAGCAAAAGAUUUUAUCUUCGAAAAUUUCAUGAGUGUCACAGAAUCGGCUGAUUUUCAGAACUUAAAGGGCGAAGAGGUUGAAGAGUGGAUUUCAAGUGAUGAAAUCCAAAUAAACAGCGAAGAAGACGUCUUUCACGUGAUCGUAAAGUGGAUGGAAGGACGCGAUCAUAAAGAACCCCAAGUAUUUUUUGAAUUAUUUCGUCACGUUAGAGUGGUGUACAUGUCACGCAACUUUGUGUUCAAGGUGGUUCUUAGUCAUCCUUUGGUAAAAGACAGUGCAAUAUGCACAGAAUUUGUAUUAAAUGCACUGAAAGAGGUUUCAAGUGGCAGUGAAGAUUGUUAUUUUGCCAAGCCACCAAGGAAAUGCCUUAACAAUUGUGAAGAUGGGCUUGUUACUUGUAAAGGAAAUAAGACAUAUUGCUACAUUCCUUCAAUUAACAGAUGGUACAAGAUGGCGGACAUGGUACCAGGAGAAAAUAUGAUUGGCAACAGAAUGGUUGCAUGUCAUGGAAAAGUGUACCUGAUGAGAGAAAAAGAUCGUAUCAAAUGUGCACUGGAACGUUACGAUCCAUCAGUAAACUCUUGGGCACCUGUCAUCUCACUCCCAUCAGUGAUGCAGAAUUCAACACAUCUAUUUGGGGGUGUAGUUAACUUCCAAGGUUGUCUCUAUUUUAUUGGUGGAGGGAGUGAUCGUGUACAUAAGUAUAAUCCUGAUACAAAGCUGUGGCAGGAGGUAGCACCAAUGAGUGUCGCUAGGUGGGGUGUGUGCGCUGUUGCCGAUGAAAGUUCUUUGUAUGCAGUAGGAGGCAUGUCUGGUGAUGGAGUGCUGGACUUAGUGGAAAAAUAUGACCCUGAAAGAAACUCUUGGAAUAGAGUUGCUUCAACUGCUGAGAGAAAGAUGUUUUCUUGUGGCGCUAUUGUGAAAGAGAAAGUGUUUUUGUUUGGAGGAUUCUUUGGCAACAAUGGAAAUGAAACUCAGUUCUCAAGUUGUAUUGAAAUGUAUGAUCCAACAUCAAAUGUGUGGUCUAUUCUACAAAAUACAGAUGUACUAGGUUUUACAAGUGCUGUAAGUUUCAAAGAAGGUAUUUAUCUGGUACGUCAUGAGAGAUAUAAUAUUUCCUUGUAUAAAUAUGAUUUUGAUAAGAAGGAACUACUAUCAUGUGCUGAAUAUCAUAGUUCAUGUGAUACUGAUUCCAAUCAGUGGCUAACCUUAACUUCCCUGCGAAUCCCA